CCAACCAAUACGGAUCGUCAGACAAACCAACCUGUUGUUGCCAUCCUUGGGUGAAGAUCUUUGGUGUACGUUCAAAUCCAUGCGGAAAAUAGCUAGCGUUGUAUUUUAUAAUUACACGGUUCUUUCGUAACAAAUGCAAGUGUGAGUUAAAGUGUGCAAAUAAAAAAUUAUACGAGUUUGAAGAAGUGCACAGAAGUGUCAUAUCUAUUAGAUCUUUUGCCUCUACUGGUUUGACUUUCAGAACACAAUUUGAAUAUGUAUCGAAUAAACUUGACCACAUUCACGCUGCUUUUAGUGCUAACUGUAGGAAGUCUCAUGUCCGAGUCUUUACAAACUUCAGAAGGAACGAUCAAAGAUUUGUACGAAUAUCUGCUACAGCGGGAGUAUGCAGCACCGGUGUCCUAUGCUGAUCAUCAAAUCAAGCGAAAAGCCGUCAGAUCCCCCUCGUUGCGACUACGUUUUGGAAGACGAAAUGAUCCUGCGGUACCCGUUCGUCCUGAUAGCAUUGGGGAUGAUGAACUGAUGGACCAGAAAGUAAUUCGUGCGCCUCAGCUUCGUCUCAGGUUUGGUAGGAACGAUCCGCUUUGGACAUCGUUCAACGAAAACGCAUUAUUGGAAGAAAACUUUGAAAAGCGGGCACCGUCUCAACGACUGCGAUGGGGCCGUUCGAAUUUAUUCGGAAAUCUGGUCAAUCAGUUUCAGCAAAACGACGUUAUACAGCAGAAAACCAUACGAGCCCCACAACUCAGACUCCGCUUUGGGCGAACCGAUCCUUCGUGGGCCAUGUACAAUGAGCAUCAGCUGACUUCUGAGCCACAAUCGACAUUAACAAACGAAGCCAGUGAAAAGCGAGCUCCGACGCAAAGACUGCGAUGGGGACGUUCCGAUCCAACGCUAACGAAAGACACGCAGGAGGACAAAACACUGGAUAUGGAGGACAGUGAAAGCAACACCGUUGAUGACAAGUAAAUACGCGUUAAUUACCUGACACCUGCCCUGUCUUUGUCAUUUGCAUAUCCCCUCCUAGGACCUCUUCUAAUGAACACUAAGAAACUAAGUGAAAUCCACAAUACACACCAACUCUUGUUACUGCUGGUAAGAGUCUUGCGUUAGUGCUUUCUAAUCCAAGAUCCUUAUCAUGAUGGCCACGUUAGCCAGGGCCACGUAUCAUAGGCCACAUUUGCGCUACGCCAUUCUACUUCCCGUUGCUGAUAAAAAACAAUUAUUAUUUUACUUUGCAAACAGACUUUGCAUUACCAUAACAGCACGAUAGCCACAUUUUCAUCGAACAAUUGCAUACAGUAUGGAGCAUCAAAUAUCUAACCAAUUACAGCCGAUAGCCAACCGUCACACUCCAUUAAAAGUUCCUCCACUUCUACAUCAAAUGUGAUGUAAAUAAGUGUUGCACUGAUUUUAAUCUGCUGAGAUUUUGCUGCUAUGUCGUGAGAGCAGAAAAAUUCCAACAGAUUUAUUUUGGAACAGCUUUCUAAGUAAGCACGCAAAAAAUACAACUACUUGCGAAGGAUGACUUUAUGCUAACCCGACGAUUACCUUACGGCCUUGCGGUGAAAGUUUGUUCUGAAGUUCACAAAACACUUUCGAUAGAGGCAAAAGAAGAGCACAGUUUAACGAAGAAGAGGAUUAUUGCGCUUCCAGCAGCAAGGCGUCAAAACAACAAAACAACAAAAUAAUAAGCUGAAAAAGAACAAAAACAGAACAAUAUUUCCCCCCUUGAAACAUUUCCUUUAGGUGCACUCGUUCCUGCCGUUAACACACAGAUUAAUGUUAUGCAUACGUUAGGUAUACUAACAGCCCUAGGUCAGUACAUCAUUGCAUGUUUCUCGUGGUUAUGCGCUAAUUCUUGCAUCCCUAUCUACGCGAUUUCAUCGUAUCUCGAACGCGAAACAUACGAACCGUGUGGUUAUUUGAAAAGCAUCGCGGACAUGGCAAGAGCAAUCACUUAACAUCCUCGUGCGUGUUUUUCGGAUGCACCUCAUCUGGUUUGACAGUGUAAGGUGGAGAAAGAAUUAGCAGUAUUAAUCCAAAGCAGUAUUGUCGUCGGAUGUUAGCCAUCGCAUAGUCAAUGUGGGCAUGGUGGAAACCGCUGUAAAGGUGAAAACAACUGCGGUUAAGAAUAUCUAUGUAUUUUAAACUAUUUUUGCUAUCAUCCGGAAACAAAAUGAAUAAGCAUGUGAAUGUACAUACAGAUAUCGAUGAACUUCAAUAUAUUACUAGUG